AUGGAAAAUAUCAUUGAACUUGGUUCAUUUCCAGCAUUAUUCCCUAAUGACAUUUCUAAUGAUCAUUAUGUAAAACAAUUAGACACAAAUUUAAUUGCACAUAGUCCUUAUUAUGGUUGUACAGCACAUGUCAUUUCGAAAGCAAAGUUAACAUACGAGGGGAUACUGGAUGCAAUCAGUACCGACAAAGAUAUUAUUGUUCUCAAAAAUGUCAAAUUGAAAGCGGCCAUGCUCGAUCAUUUAACCAAUGAUUUUCGUAUUUAUGAUCAAGUAUGUCUUAACGUACGUGACAUUCAAGAAUUAAAACUCAUUCAAAUGCCAGAUUUUCAUCAGACAAAACAAAAACUACGCUCCAUUGAUCCAUGCUUAAUUGAUAUUAAACUGUCUUCCGAAGAUCAAUCGGACUAUUUGAGAAAUAACGAUUCUAUCAACUAUAAUACAGUAGCACGGCUAUCACCAUCUCAACAAACGACGUCAUCAUGGACAAACUCUCAUAAUUUUGAUGAUUCACAAUCGAUAAAUAAUCAACUUCUCGCAUUGCUUACUAAUGAUUCGUCCGAUACAGAACAAACUGUCGGUGUUGCAGAUGAAAGGAAUGACGAUUCCAUUGAUGAACAAUUGGAAAAAUUCAAUAAACUAAAAGAAACUAAUUUAAAUCUAGUAUCUCCAACUGCUCGAACAGACAGCUCAAUCACAUUGAUUGCGAAAAAAGUUCUUUCAAAAAAGAUAGAGAAACGACCGGAGCCCGUUCAUUCAUCAUCAGAUACAAACACAUUCACCGGUCGAAUGUUGCCAUUAAAGUAUCUUUUUCCAGAUAGUAAAGAGUCUGUGUAUGGCAAUCUCAAAACAGUGUCUAAAUCUGUCAACAAUACAAUUAAAAAGACGCCAAUAACAGAACGUCGAAAAUCAUCACCUAUUCGAGUAACAAUUACAAGCACACUGAAUCCAAAUGCGCCACCGUUUAUAGCGACUAAAAAUCCAAAUCGUACGCGAAAAUCAACUAUAAAUGGAAUUUCAUCACAAAAUCCAAAUUACCCAUCGUUCACAUUCUAUGAAAAGCGUCGAUUUAGACCACGUUUUCAGCAAGGACAUUCCAUGGAGAGCAUCCCGUACAACACCAGUCCGAAUUCCAGAGUUAUGCCUUUCCCCAGACAAAUAUUGAAACAAACUUCUGACCAGCAUGUGUCAAAUGUGUCACUACCGCACAGCCAACAACAAGUAAUAUCACCAUCACAAUCAAUUAAUCGCACACGACACAAUUCGGCGACAGACAGAAGGUAUUCUAACAAUAAUAAACCUAAUAUAUUCCAACAACACGGAGGAUAUUUACAUCCUUCUCAAAAGAAAAAGGCAUACAGCUAUGAUUCUAUGCCGUCACCGCCACAACAACAACAAGUUCUAGAUUUAACAGAAUUGCAGCAACAAAAUUCAGCAAAUGUCUUGGACAAUGAAACUCUUCAUUCCUACAUGCCUCAUCCAUUAUUUGGUCAACCAAGCACACCGCCAAUUAAAGAAAGACAUUCUGUACCUCGAUCGAAAGGUUUUAGUCACAAUACCCGCUCUCUUCAAUUAAGUUCAAGUAUGCCACAAUCGUGGGAAACACAUUCAUCAAGAAACCAUUUGAAUCUUUUUCAAUCCGCUGAACUUUACCGACGUGGUCAACGAACAAUUAGUGGUACAAGUAGUGGAAGCAGUUUGAGUUGUGAUAUCCACACUGGUCCUCAUUCCAUUUCUCAAAGCAUUUACGCUCAACAGCAAACAGAUAAUACAACGGAUACUAAAGAUGAAACCGCAUCAGAUUAUGAUUUUGAAAAAGCAAACAAUGAAUUUCGUCGAUAUAUUGAACUAGAACAGUUGGUUACUCGAAAAAUAUCUGAGAUGGAUCCUGAGCAAUCGUAUAAGAAAGAAUUAUCGUUUUUCGAUCGUAUCUCUUGUGCAGCAACGACUGGGACAGCCGUAGGAUAUGCAGAAAUCCCAGAAGAUGAGAGAAAUUUGGAAACAUUUGGUGAAGAUGCAUUAUUAACAACUGCAGGAAGUUUUUGGGAAUAA